GACUGGGCAGGGGCGGCAUAUCGGUUUGCGCCAGAUAUCUGUGCUGUACAGUCUCCUUCAGCUCGCCCUCCAACCCUUUCGGAUCUCCGUGGCUGCUCAGCGCUGGGUUCAGUUAAUUUAACUUAUUGAAGUCAAUCCACAUAUCCAUCUAUUAGCAGACAAUGGCAGUCCCCCCAGCUUACGCCGAUCUUGGAAAAUCUGCCAAGGACAUCUUUAACAAGGGAUAUGGCUUUGGUCUGGUGAAACUUGAUGUGAAGACAAAAUCAGCCAGUGGAGUGGAGUUCAAGACUUCAGGUUCCUCCAACACCGACACCAGCAAAGUGGUGGGCAGUCUAGAAACGAAAUACAAGAGGUCUGAGUACGGCUUGACCUUUACUGAGAAAUGGAACACUGACAACACUCUAGGAACAGAGAUCACCAUUGAAGACCAGAUUGCAAAAGGGCUGAAGCUGACUUUUGAUACAACUUUCUCACCAAACACAGGCAAGAAAAGUGGAAAAGUCAAGACAGCCUACAAACGGGAAUAUGUCAAUUUGGGCUGCGAUGUUGACUUCGACUUUGCUGGUCCAACUAUCCAUGCCGCUGGUGUGGUUGGUUAUGAAGGAUGGCUUGCUGGCUACCAGAUGUCCUUCGAUACAGCCAAGUCCAAGAUGACCCAGAACAACUUUGCUGUAGGCUACAAGACUGGUGACUUCCAGCUGCACACUAAUGUUAAUGAUGGCUCAGAGUUUGGUGGCUCGAUCUACCAGAAAGUGAGUGAUAAGAUGGAGACGGCGGUGAACCUGGCCUGGACCGCAGGCAGUAACAGCACACGCUUUGGUAUCGGUGCAAAGUACCAGCUGGACAAGGAUGCCUCCAUUAGUGCCAAAGUGAACAAUACCAGCCUAGUGGGUGUUGGAUACACACAGACUCUGAGACCAGGUGUGAAGCUGACCCUGUCUGCCCUGGUUGAUGGAAAGAGCAUCAAUUCAGGUGGCCAUAAGCUGGGUUUGGGGCUGGAGCUGGAAGCCUAGAAGUCCUGCACUCGCUCACAUCAGGGACAAGGGAAUAUCAGAGGAAUCUGGCCUUAAAUCUUAACCAGCAGGGGAAUUCUGGAUGGGAAGGGAUGUGUUCAAAGACUCCAACAAAUAUGACCAUUUUUAGUAACCAUUGCAGUACUGCUCAUUCUUUCCCCCUGUGGUGUCUGUUUUUUGGUUAAUAGUGUUCCUAAACAUAGUCACUUAUUGGUUCUGCUGCUAAAUUUGAUUUCUUAUCUGAAACUCACACUCCGUUGGCUAUUUAAUGAUCUCUACUUGCAUACCAAUGUGUAAUUAAGUCUGCAUGUUGAAUUUUCUCUGCAGUAAGUUAUUGAGGUAUUGGGAGAAUGUGAUGCUUGUUUACCUAGUAUUCCUUAGUCAUCUAAACAUAAUGUGUGCAAACAUUAACUACAUUUUAAAGUUCAUAUCUGCUUAUUUAAACAAUGCUUUUUUUUUUUUUUUGGUCCACAUACACAGAAAAUACUUGCUCCAUAGUACCAUUUGUCAGCCACUAGGAUUUGAGAUGCACUUGUACUUGAAACCUGCCCUUAAACUGAGCAGUUUUUGGGUGGCCUAAAUGGAUGAAUGAAAGCGAUUUAAGAACCAGUUUGGGAGUAUGGCUGGCUUUGUGUUUUUUUUUUGGUUUUUGGUUUGUUUUUUUUUCUCUGCAAAGAUGACUAGGUGAAGCUUAAGGUAAUGCCAAAAUGGAUGUGAGUUCAGUAUCUAAAGCUUUUAGUCUCACCAUUAUGAACCUGACUUGCUGAGGUCAUGUGUGCACAAAACCAUAGAGGUCCUUGUGUGUGUAAACUUUUCAAUAAAGUCUUUGAGCCCCGUU